AUGAACCAAUGGGAUAACUGUACUCAAAGUCUAUUCUACACCUGUCGUCUCGGAAAUGUGACUGGUACCGUUACUGCAAUUGGUAUUUCGACCAAUAUAAAUAUAAAUCUUGAUGCAAUCAAUAUGCCAAUGUUGAACAUUGGACAGGUGAGGUUCAUUACCAACGAUACAUUAACUACGAUAAAUACAACUCUUAUCUGUGAUACUUCAUCACGUUUGUGGGCUGUCAACUCGCUUCAGUUUGGAGAACAAUUUAGUACAUUUGCAUGUGCUUAUAUGUACAGUAACGGAACAUGGUCCUGGCAAUAA